CAUAUUCUGACAUCGUACCAGUAUAAGCCUUCUUCCUUCCUGUCAACAUGUCUCCUCGCACUGUCAUUGUCAUCGGCGCCACAGGCUCACAGGGAGGUCCUGUCGCUAGGGAGCUCUUGAAAAGCCCGCAUCUGUACCACGUCAGAGCUUUGACGCGCGAUCCGAGCAAGCCAGCAGCACAAGAGCUGGCAGAACUUGGGGCAGAUGUUCAGGCGUUUGAUCUAAAUGCUGGCAUCGACGCCCUGCUUCGGGCGUUCACGGGCGCUGAUGCCAUAUUUGCUAUGACAGACUUUUGGGCAACACGCUCAGCCAAGGCAGAAGCUACCCAGGGCCGAACCAUUAUAGACGCCGCAGCUCUUACCUCAAACCUUGAGCAUUUCAUCUGGAGCUCACUACCAGAUCCUGAAAAGGUUUCUGGGGGCAUCUUGAGAAAUAUUCACCACUGGAAGAGCAAGAGUCUAGUUGCAGACUACAUACAGCAGCAGUAUCCAGAGUUGUGGGGCAAGACUACCGUUGUGCUCUUUCCCAACUAUUUUGAGAACUGUCUGUCUCAUCCCGAGCGCUACCUCUCCCAGCCCGAUGCGCAAGGCGUGCAUCAUAUGUACUUGCCACACAGCCCGUCCACUGUCAUGCCGAACGGAUCGAUUCGCGACACAGGCAAGCUUGUUCGACUAUUCCUGGAAGAUGGGGCCACCUACUUCACAAAGACCGUGGCUUUCUAUAGUGAAGCCAUUUCGGAGGCAGCGAAGCAAGCCAUGAUUGGUAAAAAAUAUGGCUUGCAAACAAUGUACCAUGUGAUUAGCCCUGAUGAGCAUCAAAAGAAGCUGGAGAGUCAAGGUCUAUCUCCUGAGAUUGCUCUGGAUUAUACUGAGCAGCUCUUGAUGUUUGAGAAUUUUGGAAACGUGUGUGAUGCACCAGGAAUUAUCCAGGCAAAUGAGAUUUCAGGUCUUCGCCUUCAGUCGUGGGCUGAGUUCCUAGAAGAGAAUGACAUUCUUGCAAACAUGAAUGCUGUCUGAUGAAUCUCAGCAUAUACAGCAGAUUUGAUAUUGUCUUUGUGUCUGGGAUUCUUAGAAAUCACAGAGCACUUUCACGAGUUUGAUACAUUCAUGUGCCCCAAAUAAUAGAUUCCCUGCCCAUCCCCCCUCUGCCUGAGGCAAUGACGGAGGAAUAUUUAUCCGAGGCACCUGAUCGGGGGUAGGACAGAGGCCCUAUUUUGUUGUCAGCUUAUUCAAUGACUUAAAGCGUUCUUAAUGAACUUAUAGUUAUGCGUCCU